AAAGUUUGGUUUAAUCAUUAUUCCGCAAAUGUCUGGUCAAGCGAUUUAGGUUGCUGCACAUACAAAUUAUUGAAAUGCAUCGGAAAAGCACAAACAUAGCUUACGCGUUGCUCGAUCGGGAACAUGGCAUCAAACGCAUAUAUCCGAAAGCUUUCAAAAGGAUUGCACUGGAACUGGUUGAAUAUUCUCUGUUGGAACGCUUGAAGAACGAAGAUCUCUGUAAGCCUCUGGAUGAUUUAUCGAAUGAAACCGAAUCAGUAUUCAAUGUUGAACAGAGUCACAAUGGGUGCUACGCUGCAACCGUUCAAACGAAUAAGAGCGUGAAUAUCUUUGAAGUUAGUUCGAUGAAGAAGGUAGCAGAAUAUCACACUAAUGAAAGAUCUGUGUGGACGUUAGCCUUCCAUCCAUCAAAUACGAACAUCAUUGCGUUUGGAACUCUAGGAGGGAAAGUAUUCAUUUACGUAAAUGGGAAAGAGGAAGCCUGGCUUGAUGAGCAUGAACCCAUCGGAUCGUUGUGUUUCCAUCCUGUGGAUAGCUAUCUGGUCCUAACCAGUGGGAACGAGGUAACAUUUUGGGACUGGAAAAACGAUUGCAUAAUGAACACCGGAACGUACAACGAUUGCAAGUGUCGUUUUCUCCGGAUUACCAGCAAUUCUAUGCUCAUCACUGGCAUCUCGCAAACUAGUUUAUUCGCGUCUGCAGGAAUAGGGAAAAAUUUACCAUCUGUCGAACCGCAAUACCUGAUGGCUUCCUUUCUGAGAACGGUAAACUUCAUGCUCGACUCUUUGGAGCAUGGUUGUACCAUUGGAAAUAGCUUCAACGCCGAAUUGAAAAAACAAUUUCACUUUUGGAACUAUCUAUUAAAAAUAAUCAUGGACAAAAGGAAAGAACUGCGUUGCUUUGCCACCGUCAAACCAGAUUCCAAGUGCACGAAAUCCUAUCUUAAUAAUACGCUUACGAUAUUGAAUCGUCGGAUAGAAAGCAUUCUUGAAACCGUAGAACGAAUCGUGUUCAGGCUCCUUCCUGGAUCUGAUGGAUACGCCGAGCAAGAAUAUAUCGAGAAAUUUUGUCGAGACCCAAUGCUCUACUUCGAACAAGUCUGUUCCAAUUUUGUGGAACAACGAUAUAGCGGUUAUAUAAGGUACAUCUUCGAUCUCUCGCUGAUAAGAAAUAUGUUGUAUAAAAUUUUCAAAUUGUUUUUCGAUUACGGCCACAAGCCACCAUUUGAAGAGUGGUUAAAAGCAGAAUAUUACAUAGAUAGUAGUAUUACUACACGACACAUUUCGCAAAAGAAUCAAUUCAUUCUACAAGCAUGGGACUUGGGUGAUUUUCGUGACACAUCUGCUCUGCCGGAUUUCAAGGAAGAUUGGAAAAAUGUCCUAUCCAUUUGCUCAAUCAACAAUGAUUCAAACGUUGCUAUAUCGCAAUGUGAACAAUACAUAGCAUCCGUUCAAAGCAAAGCGGUUCAUGAAAUGGAGGUGCGCAGCUUAAGUCGAGCAAACUUCGGAGAAUGCAUGUUCGUGUUCAGAUUUACGGCAAAUUUUGUUUCACUGUCCUUCUCGCCGUCGGCAAAAUACAUCGUGAUCGGAUUGCGAUGCAAGAAGCGAAUGAAAUUUGCAUACAUUCUGGAUAAGGACACCAGGUGGAAAAUUGGCGUUGAUUUUCGGUAUGAUCUCAGUAGCUCCGAAAGUCGUGAUGCCGAUACUUCAACUCCGAACGAACGUGUCGGUUUAAAGCUAUGUCUGCCAAAAGAAUCACUUAAUUAUAAAGAAAUCAACUGCAUUAAGUGGGCAACGCUGCCAGGGUACGGGUUUUUCAUAGGACUGAAAUCAAAAUUUAUACAGACUUGCAGGUAAUUGAAAGAUGA